CCAAUUCUUCCAUGGCCACAGGUGUAUGAAAUCAAGCACCUGGGCAUGCAGACUGCUUCUACAAACAUUUGUGAAAGAAUGGUCGCUCUCAGCAACUCAAGCAUGAUAGGUUGCCACCUGUGCAAUAAGUCCAUCCAUGAAAUAUCCUUGCUACUAAAUAUUCCAUGGUCAACUGUUAGUGGUAUUAUAACAAAAUGGAAGCAACUGGGAACAACAGCAACUCAGCCAUGAAGUGGUAGGCCAUGUAAAAUGACAGAGUGGGGUCAGCGCAUGCUGAAACGCAGAAGUCGCCAACUGUUUGCAGAAUAAACUUGAUAGUGAAGGGAACUCUUAAGAAGUCAGCAUACCAAGACAUUUUGGACAAUUUCAUGCUCCCAACUUUGUGGGAACAGCCUCUUUCUGUUCAACAUGACCG